AUGUCUGACAUGGGCCGCAAGUCUGUCGGUGACCAGAUCUCCGAUAAGGUCACCCCCGACUCCCAGAAGUCCACUCUCGACCAGGCCAAGGAGUCCGUCUCCGGCGCCGGUGACCGCGUUGCAUCCGCCGUCCAGCCAGAGGGUGACAAGUCUGCCACCCAGAAGGCCUCCGACUCCGUCCGCGGCGGCUCUGACGACGCGGAAAGCCAAGGCAAGGGCGUCAUGCAGUCCGUCUCCGACACCGUGAGCGGCGCUGCCAAGUCCGUCCAGGACACCCUCUCGGGCAACACCAACAACAAGUAA